CACGUUUAAAGGUUGUAUGUCUGUAUUUAACAGGAAGGAAAUUUAAUUUCCUGACUCUGUUCUUUUGGAGCAUAGUGAAGAGAUGAAUUUUCUUGUGAUUGGAGUCCUGGUUGUUCUCCAAGAUGCUGCAGUAGGAUCCAUCAAAGUGGUAGAAAGCUAUUGGACUCUUAAAGCAAAUGAAUUGGUGGUGGAUGAAGACAUGUCCAAAUAUGGCAGCAAGGUGCUGGUUCCACUAGUGUGUGGUGAGGCUUUUGAGGGACAGAAUAUCAUAUGGAAACGAGAAAACAAAGAGGAGCUCCCACUCCAUGGAAACAGAGUUUUUGUGAUAUUGGAGGAGAGACAGGGAGGCACAUACACCUGCUACAACACAGAGGGCAACUACCUGAACCACACUCUGGUAUUGGUGCAUUGGAGAUACAAGAAGAUAAUUAAAGGCACUCCUCAAAAGGGUUAUAUCCACUGUUCAACAAACAACUACAGUGGCUUUUUUCAGUGCUUCUGGACCUGGGAUGAAACGAGAGCUGGAAAAGUUGAAUUUGUUCAAAUAACACGCUCUCACACUGUGGGAAACAUUAGCUGCCGUCUGGAACCUAGUGAAAGCAGCAUCACAUGCCAAGAUCAUGCAUACUGCCCGUAUGCUGAGGAGAUGGAUCACAUCAAUUUGACCAUUUAUUUUCGAAGCAAUUACAUCAUUGAAACUUACAAUCUGCAGUUUCAAAUCUCAGAUAUAGUGAAACCAGACAUGGUGCAUAUUAAAAAGAAGAACAAUAUUCUGGAGCUUCAGUAUCCAGAGAGCUGGAGUACACCCUUCUCCUACUUUCCCCUUAGAUUUCAAGUGAAAGAGAUUCGCUGUCGGAGGAAAAGAAAUUGUGACUGCUCUAAACGCAGAUCAAAGGUUGGCCUGACACAAAAGCAGCAGUGGCCACUAAAAUAUGGGGUGACAGUGUGCGUUAGAGCACAGGAUGGCCUCACUAACUCCCCUUGGGGAGAAUGGAAUUGGUACAAACCACAAAUGACAGCUCAAGAUACACAAGGAUACUGCCACAGAUCAGGCUGUAACAUGAAGAAAUGGAUGGGACAUGCUAAAGAACUCUAAGCGCUGGCGAAAUGAAUAUCUAUUCAUACAGUACAUAGUUGACAUAGUACCUUGUAUUAUGUAUAUAUCUAUUAUAUCAGUUAUUUAAGGUUAUUUUUUAUGAAAAAGAAACCAGAAAAUCUCAUUGUACUGAACAUUUGCUAAGCCAAUAUACAGUAUAUUUAAUUUAGGCCGGUCUCAGAGUAUAGCAUUUAACUCAUAGCUGUGAACUGAAACCAAUAUGGAUAUUAAGGAAGUCUUUAUGCAGAAGAAAUAACAAUAAAUAAAUUAAUUAAUUAAUUAAUAUAUUUAUAGGACGCCACAAACUACUAUGUAUCUUGGCUAAUUAGUGGUUUGAUCAAUGCAAUCUUAUUGUUGAUACUGUGUUUUUUUGAGAAUAACUUAUGA